CGUACUUCCGGGAGUUCAGUGUUCUCUCGGCCGCUUGCUUCACGCUGCUGUAGACACCGGUGAUUCAGGAGUAAUAUCAUGAAUUGGAGGGGAACUGGAGAGUAAUAAAGAAUAUUUAACAACAGGUGUCUUCAUUGAGGAUGAUCAUCACACUCCUGCAAGCAGUUUUCCAACCUUGAAACCCUGAAGAUCUGCACCAACAACAGCCUUCAUCAAUGGAGAUGUUCCAGAAUCACCAGAGACCCUCUAGGAAGUCGUUUCUGUUUGCUUUCAUCGCGGUAUGGCUUUUCGUAACCGUUUCCUCUGAUGAAGAUUACUACAACCUGCUAGGCAUUUCAAGAGAAGCCAGCACUCGUGAGAUUCGGCAGGCUUUCAAAAAGCUUGCUCUCACAAUGCAUCCAGAUAAAAACCCUAAUGAUGCAACGGCCCACGAGAAGUUCUUGAAGAUCAAUCGGGCCUACGAGGUGUUGAAGGACGAGGACUUGAGGAAGAAAUAUGAUAAGUAUGGAGAGAAGGGCCUGCAAGAUGAACAGCAAGGAGGAAGAUAUGAAAGCUGGAACUAUUACAGAUAUGAUUUUGGAAUUUAUGACGAGGAUGCAGAAAUUACUACACUAGACAGAGGGGACUUUGAUGCAGCUGGAAAUUCUGGCGAGGUCUGGUUUGUGAAUUUCUAUUUCCCACGCUGCUCGCACUGCCACGAUCUUGCCCCCACGUGGCGGGAGUUUGCUAAGGAAAUGGACGGUGUGAUUCGGAUCGGUGCUGUGAACUGCGGUGAUAAUGGCAUGUUGUGCCGUAGUAAAGGCAUCAACAGCUACCCCAGCCUCUAUGUGUUCAGAGCGGGAAUGAAGCCAGAGAAAUACUAUGGCGACAGAACAAAAUCAAGCCUCACCACGUUUGCAAUGCAGUUUGUGAAGAGCAAAGUGACAGAACUAUGGCAAGAAACAAACCCAUCCUCAGGGUGGUUUAUCCAGAGUUUGGAAACUAAAGAAAUAUAUGCACAAGUGUUGCAGCAUCUGCCUGACCUGGAGAUUCUUACAAAGAGCAGCUUUGAGCAUAAAUUGGCUCAUCACCGAUGGCUCAUCAGUUUCUCCUUUGGACAUAAUGAUUUGGCAUCGCAUGAAUAUAAAAAACUCAAAGCUCUUCUGAAGGACUCUCACAUACAGGUGGGGAAGGUGGACUGUGUCGCAGAUUCAGAGCUGUGUGCUUCUCUAUAUAUACAGAAGGCCUGUGUGGCUGUUUUUAAAGGAGUUGGAAUUCAUGAUUUUGAGAUUCACCAUGGUAAGGACGUCCUGUACAAUGUUGCAGCCUUUGCAAAAGAGAGUGUGAAUGCCCAUGUCACCACACUGAGUGUGGAGAACUUCCCUAGCCAUGAGAAAGAUCCCUGGCUGGUUGAUUUCUUUGCUCCUUGGUGUCCGCCAUGCCGAGCUCUUCUCCCUGAGUUGAGAAAAGCCUCCAUCCAGCUCUUUGGACAGCUGAAGUUUGGAACUCUGGACUGUACCGUGCACGAGAGGCUCUGCAAUACGUACAACAUUCAUGCAUAUCCAACAACUGUAAUUUUCAACAAGUCCAGCAUCCAUGAGUAUGAAGGCCAUCACUCUGCAGACGGCAUCCUGGAGUUUAUAGAGGACCUGGUGAACCCUGUGGUGGUGACAUUGAUCCCAGAGUCAUUCCAGGAGCUGGUGAAGAGACGCAAGUCCUCAGAGACGUGGAUGGUGGAUUUCUACGCUCCGUGGUGUGGCCCCUGCCAGGCUCUGCUGCCAGAGUGGAGGAGAAUGGCACGGAUGCUGAGUGGGAUUGUAAACGUGGGAACAGUCGACUGCCAGAAACACCACUCAUUCUGCCAGGGUGAGAAUGUGCGCGCUUACCCAGAGAUCCGCCUGUUUCCUCAGAACAGUAAUCGGAGAGACCAGUACCAGAGCUACAAUGGAUGGCACCGGGAUGCCUUUUCCCUCAAGACUUGGGCCUUGAGCUCUCUGCCUCGUGCCUCAGUGGAUCUGUCACCCGAGGACUUUAAGAGAAAGGUUUUGGGAGGGAAGGAUCACUGGGUGUUGGAUUUCUAUGCCCCAUGGUGUGGCCCAUGCCAGCAAUUCGCCCCUGAAUUUGAAGUUCUUGCCAGGAUGACGAAGGGAACUGUGCGAGCUGGCAAAGUGGACUGUCAAGAACACUACCAGACCUGCCAGAGCGCCGGGAUCAAGGAUUACCCCAGUGUCCGAUUCUACCCCCACCUGGGCACCACACGGCGAGUUCAAGGAGGAGAGCAUAUUAACAGCAGAGACGCCACCGACAUCGCAGACAUUCUCAGACAGCGACUCCAGCAGCUAGCAUUACAGGGAAAGUCCUCCAAACUUAAAGAUGAACUAUAGGACACAUCUUGCGAUCCACAGAAGCUGUUGUAUGUGGAACGGUGAGAGUGAUGGGAGAAAACGCACACUCAUGAACUCAAUUUGAUGAGCUUGGGAGAUUUGUUUGAGUUUGUUUACUGCCAAAUGGACUGUAAAAAGGAGCGGCUUCACCUCAGCUACUUUAGAGGAGGGAAUCAGGACUCAACAAACACCUCUAAAUGUGUUACUGAUGCAGAAGAGGUCACCACAGUGCAAUUAUUUAUGACUUUCUGUAAUUUAUGAAUGCACGGUCAAGUAGUGUCUUCAUUUCCUCACACAGAGACUGUAUUUAUGACUAAUAAUAGAUGUAUUUUCUCACAGAUGCUCCAUUUGAAUUGGAUUUCUGUGAUUAAAUGGUCUGGUUAAAUACAAAGGAAUUGUAUUUUACUCGGUAUGGUCAAAUGUAAUUCGAGUUGGAUUUCGGGAAACUUUGUGAAAUUGGAAAUGUGCUUCUAGAAAACGUUUUAGUUCUGUCAAAACGAAAAACCAUCAUGGAGUUUGUUGUCAUGCCAAAUUAUUGUAGAAGCAUAAAACUACACUGGCUAUAGAUGAAAUCUGUAGUUGAAUUUGUUUUCUACUGUUUCUAUGUUCUGCUUUAUUUCUUCUAACGGUUUGAGUUUCCAGCAGCUAUGUUUGUUCUCAGAGAUUCGUUGUACAAUACACUUUUUGUUGUUUACUGAUAUUUCUGUAUUCUUAUUGUGUGAAUGUUCUCCAGGUGGCCACUAGGAGGCGGUGAUUUAACAUCAGUGGCUUCAAGUCCUUAUAGGCCAGUGAAAUUACAUGUUGCCAUUCAUUCUGAUGGAUAUUCACUAUAGUUUUGUAGAAACAACAGCUAUUAAACAUGACACAAUUCC